AUGAUUGGUAACGACUCCUACCACAUAAUACUAGAUUUUCUUCCGCCAACAGAUUUGAAUACAGAUUAUCGAUAUUCAAACUUGAGUAUAACUGAUAUUGACAUCAAAUUAUCAACAGACUUGAAGAUGAUACCGGAAACAUUAGAACCAAUUAAAGCCAAGCCGAUUGGAAAGGGUGUCAUUAGGCUCUAUCGGGAAUUCGAAGAUAAUGAAUCAUCAAGUGGAGCCCAUGGAAAGAAGAAGAUUGUAACAAACCCCGGCGACAACACUAUGGUUGCGAUUUUGGCCAUACCUACAUAUUUUACUGCAACAGACCUUUUAGGAUAUAUAGGAGAAACCUUUGUCUCUUAUAUUUCACACAUUAGAAUACUAAAGAGUGAUAAACAGAAUAGGUUUAUGGUUUUGAUCAAGUUUCGCGACAUUGUGAAAGCAGCAGAGUUUCAGUAUCAAUUUGAUGGGAAGAGUUUCAAUUCCAUGGAACCCGAAACGUCCCAUGUUAUAUUUGUGAGCUCUAUUCAAGUUCACUAUCAACAACAUCAUGAGGGAAGGCAAUCCCUUAUUCCAUUCUUACUAUCCGAUCCAUUCACGUCACCUUCUGAAAGCGAUCAAACAAAUUUAGCUAUAACCACAACAGGUAACACUCUAAUAGAGCUCCCAACCUGUCCCGUUUGCCUUGAGAAAAUGGAUUCUGCCGUUACAGGCUUACUAACCAUUCCGUGCCAACAUACUUUCCACUGCCAAUGCCUAUCCAAGUGGCGGGAUGAUUCGUGCCCUGUUUGUAGGUACUCACACAAUUUGACUAACCUAGCAAGCUUGAAUCAUGACAGGAGGUUACAAAAUCUAAACUUAAGAGAAUCGGCAGUCCAAGAUAAUGCACUGCAGGUCCCUGCGUCAACAAACGAAGAGGAUGAAAUUUGUAUGGAUUGUCAGGUGAGGUCGAAUUUGUGGAUUUGCUUGAUUUGUGGAAAUGUAGGUUGCAGUAGGUAUGCACCUGAGCAACACUCACUAAAACACUUUGUCACAACUGGUCACUGUUUUGCUAUGGAGAUAAACACAAGCCGUGUGUGGGAUUAUGCAGGCGACAACUAUGUACAUCGAUUAGUAACAAAUGAAUCAGAUGGUAAAUUGGUAGAGCUACCAGACAAAGGCGACUCAAGGGAGACGAAGAGCUGGGGAAAUAGCGUUGAUAAAAUUGAUGCAGUUGGCUUUGAGUACUCCCAGUUGCUAAUUAGUCAACUUGCAAGUCAGCGCGAAUACUAUCAGGACCUUUUGGACCAGCAAGCAGCGCAACUAACCUCCUCAGCCAAAUCUAGGAAGGGUUCCAUUCUCACUUCAAGUUUAAAUCUGGACACCCUUGAAGAGUUUGAGAUUAAAAUCGAAGAUUUAUCUAACAAAAUAACGGAUCUAACAACUUCGGUUGUACCUUCAUUGAAGGAGAAAAUACAGAAGAAAGAGGAAAAAAUUCACGGCUUGAGCAAGCAGUUGAGUUCAGCAAAUGCAUUGAAUGAGGCAUUUUCGAAAAAAAUUGAACACGUAACAAAGGCAAAUGAAGAACUAAAGGACACCGUCCUGGACCUAAGGAACCAAAAUAAAGAUCUAAAUGAACAAGUAGCGGACUUAAUGUUUUACCUCGACAGUCAGGAAAAACUCCAAAACGAGUCAGAUGAUGUGAAGCAAGGUACUGUCAUUGUCAAGCAACCUUCAGCGUCAUCAAAAAAGAAAAAAAAAAAGAAAUAG